AUGUCUCAUCGUGUGGUCUCAGAGACUAUCGUCCCUUUCGGUAAGCACAAAGGUAAGUCGCUCAUAGAUGUUGAGGAGAAGUAUCUUGAAUGGAUGGCACAAGCAUUUCCACCGACUUCCAAAUGGGGGAAACUUGCAAAGCUGGCCCUAGAUCAUCAUCGUCAAACUUCUUCAAGCAAUAAACUAGGAGAUGUGGUCCUCCAUUUUGGGAAGCACAAAGGGAAGGCACUGAAAGAGGUUCCCAAGUCGUACUUAAGUUGGAUGGCUGUCAAGAUGGCUGGUGAGAAUGUGGGCGUUACGGCGCAAAGAUUUCUUGAUGGAUGCAACAUGAACAUCAUCCCUGAUUUGGCUCCAGAUGAGAGACAACAAAUGUUCCGUUCUACUGGUUUGAUCCAGAAGAUGGGGUCUACUGGUGAAGUGAAACAAGCCAAAGCUUUGUUUGAUGAUAUGCCUCAGACAGAUGCAGCAGCCUGGAAUGCCAUGAUCACUUGUUAUGGCCAGAAUGGAUACAUUGCAGAAGCAAAGGAGUGUUUUGAUGCAAUGCCCUGUGACAAAACCAAGUUUUCAUGGUUUGCACUAUUUGGGGCUUAUUAUCGCAAAGAUUUGGUGGAGGAAGCAACUGAACUGUUUCACCAGAUGCCACGGAGAGACCAAAUGGUAUGGAUCACUCUGCUUCGGCUUCAUUCACAGAAGCUUGACAUGUUGAAAAAGAUCUUCCAGAUGAUGCCGUUUCACGAUUUAACGUCGUCUACUUUGAUUCUGAGCACUUAUUCCAGCCACGAAUACUAUGAAGAAGCUAAAAAUUUGUUCGACAAAAUGCCAGAAAGAGAUUCGGUAUCUUGGAAUGCAAUGCUUGCAGCAUAUGCCAAUUCAGGGCAUGGUUCUGAAGCACAUGAGCUGUUCAAACUGGCCCCGCACUGGAACAGAAGCAUUUGCCUUUCUAUAAUAAAGGUCUACGCAGAAGACUACAUGCUUCAAAAUGCAGAGAGCUUGUUCCACUCAAUGCUGCAGCGCGACAUAGUCUCAUGGACCAAGUUCAUGGAUGUUUGUGCUCGAUGUGGUGAUAUGGAGAAAGCAAAUGAAGUCUUCAGAUUAAUGCCUGCCACAGACAUUGUAGCAUGGACAGUGAUGCUGGGAGGUUAUGCCGGACGGAACAUGCUGAAUGAAGCAAAGCUAAUCUUUGACGAAAUGCCUGAGAGGGACACGCAUGCCUAUACUAUAUUCCUCAUGGCCUGUGCUGAAGAAAGUGGGAAUGUGAAGGAGAAGGAUAUGGAAGCCUUCAUGGAUAUGGCUGAAGCGGAUACAGUUGCGUGGAAUUCUCUGCUUGCAGCAAAUGCCAGGGAUGGCCAGUUGCAACAUGUAGCGAAGGUGUUCGAGUCAAUGCAGUUACAGGGCGCAAGUGCAGACAGUAUUUCCUUUGUGUGCAUCCUACAAGCUUGUAGUCACAAUGCCAAGGUGCAAUUGGGACGCGAUUUCUUCAGAAGUAUGGGUUUGGAUUACAGCAUUGGAGCGGAAAGGAAACACUAUUGCUGCAUGGUUGACUUGCUUGCCAGAUCUGGGCAUUUGGACGAUGCAGAAGAAUUGAUAUCCAGCAUGCCUUUUCAUCCUUCGGCUGCGGAAUGGAAUGCUCUUCUAGGUGCAUGCAGGAACCAGAAGAAAGAAGGCUCAGGUCGAGCGGAAAGAGCAGCAAAACAUCUAAUGGAGCUCAGAAAUGAGGCAUCUUAUGUGCUCUUAGGCAAUGUCUAUGCAAAUAGGCAUGUUGACUUGGAUGACUGCAAUUCCCACCCAGUCGACGUAGACAUGGCUCUUGAGUCUUUGAGGGAGAGCAUGAGACAACGGGGUUUUAGGAGGAAACCAGGGAUAAGUACCGUCAACUUUGGUAAAGGGACAUACACUUUUGUGGUUGGUGAUAAUCACCCUGAGAUUAAUGCAGAGCUUGAAAGGUUGACCGGGCUGUUAAGAGCAGCGGGUUAUAAGCUAAAGACUGAAGUUUCGUUUUAUGGUGGUGAUCAGAAAGAGAAAGAAGAGCUCCUUUGUCGACAUAGUGAAAAACUAGCACUUGCCUUUGGGCUGCUGUCCACUCAAGAAGGGGGGGAUGAAAUUAUACGGAUAACAAAGAACUUGAGAAUGUGUUAUGACUGCCAUGAUGCUACUAGGGUGAUAUCUGGAUUGGUGAAAAGAAAGAUCGUUGUAAAAGAUGCUAAUAGGUUGCAUAGAUUUGAGAAUGGCAUGUGCUCCUGUGGUGAUUUUUGGUAA